AUGACAUCGAUUCGACUAUCACGAAUUCCAUAUCGUCGAUUCAAAACGAUGAGACAACUGAUCAUGGUGUUACUUUCAAUCAGCAGCUUUCUACUCUUGAUUAAUCUACCACAGAAGCCUCAAACGAUAAUUAAACGUUCGAGACGGAAUUUAACUAUUUGGAGUAAUGAUUUUCACAUAAGUACCAUACAGGAUGUCAAGUAUCAACUGCAAUCGUUUAACGUUGUUCUCAUAGAUAAUAGCCUGUCAAAUCAUUGUAGUCUAACGAAAACUUGUGCAGAGAAAUUGAAAGUUUUGAAUAAACAAAAUGGAAUUUCACCAACGAUUAAAGAACGUCAAGAAUUUUAUGAAGCUUAUAAGAAUGAUCCGGUGAUGAACCAGGUUGACGCGUUUAUUUGUUUUCAUCCAACAGCGAUGUGCGAAGUAUUCAUGCCUUUCAAUCGACCAUUGAUUAUCAUAGCAUCGACGAGGUAUGAAAUGGGAAGAUUUUCUCGCGAAGAAUGGACAAAAUGGAAUAAAAAUUUUCGACUCAUAGCUUUGAAUCCUCGGAAUAUUAUCGCUGCGAAUAACUUGUACGAUGCUGAAUAUAUCCGAUAUUUUACCGGUAUUAAACCAAUUAUUUUGCCGUCUUUGUGUGAUUAUACGAAAGUGUCCUAUUCACCAAAACCAGGAAGAUCUUUUCUUAUAGCAACUAUCUUCAAACAACAGUUUCGUUCAGAAUUUAUUUUCAAUCUGACGCAUUCCAUUCAACGGCUCAACUCAACAUUGACUGUCGAUUAUUUGCGAUCUCUCUACAAAGAUCAUUACGAUUAUUCAGACAUUGCAGGUCAUCCGGGAAUGAUCUAUGUGCCAUAUCAGGUUUCCUUGAUGAGUCUAUUCGAGCAAUAUCGAAUGAAUAUUCCAUUGUUUUUUCCGUCCAUUGAUCUGCUCACGGAAUGGCAUUAUAUUUAUCGUGUCAUCGACCAGCGUACUUGGGAUGAUGUUAAUUCGCAACCAAGUAAUACUUCGAUUAUUCCAGGUGUGCUGGGAGUAGAAGUUCCCGAUCCAAACAACGAAUUUGAUCGAAAGGCGAUUCGUUAUUGGUUGCAAUUCAGUGAUUUUUAUCAAUGGCCAUAUAUAACUUAUUUCAACUCUACCGAUGAUCUCGUCGAGAAAUUAAUGCAUGCGAAUCUCGAUGAGAUCAGUCAAUCUAUGAAGAUCUACAAUGUAAAAUUAAAGGAAAGAUUAUAUGAACAAUGGGAAGACAUAUUACGCAGAGUGGAUGCAAACUAA